UUGUUGUGGGAUGAGCUAAAGUUGCCUUUCUCCCAGGAAGUACCUCCUGCUUGUUAUGUAAAGUUUAAUCAUUACAGAAGGCAAACUGUGUGAAGCGCUGGAUUUUCAGCAGAGCCAUGGGAACAGAUUCCCCUUUUUUGUUGGCUGCAGUGUCUCUACUGUCUGCCCUGCAUAUGGGCUACCUGGCCCGUCGGGUUGGUUUGUCCAGGAUGGCCCAUAAGGUGCUGCCUCCCUCUGUCACUGGACCUCCAGAGUUUGAGAGGACUUUCCGUGCACAUCAGAACUGUGCAGAGUUUUACCCUUUGUUCCUGGUGACGCUGUGGACCUGUGGCCUGUUCUUCUGUGAGGUGACAGCAGCUGCAGGAGGACUGGUGUACAUUAUCGCCAGACAAAUAUAUGUCAACGGAUAUGUCAAGUCCACCAAGAAAAGGUUACCUGGGUUUUACCUGACUCUGGCUGUCAUUGUCACUCUGUCUCUACUGGCUUUGAUUGGAGUACUGCGUGGGAUACUACACAAGUACUUUAACAUCCAUCUCUGAAGAUUUCACCACUGCCUACUUAUGCAGAACAGCCUAUUAAAUAGUAGGUGUAUUUCAGAAACAGGAUUGUUCACAGGAUACUCAUCUGUUUGUAAGUCUGCUGAGGUCUAAUCAGUGUCAUUUGUUUGAUUCUAAACAAAGCCCAGGAUCAUGUUCUUUUAAAAUGCUAUGUUUCUGUAACCUCUCAGAUACCUUUAAGUCAGACAUACUUUGUGGGACAGCAAUGACCUGUGUGAUCUAUUUUUUAUAGUAACAAACACAUAAGCCCGAGUGUGUCAUGCAUUUCAUAUUUCCAUACAUAUACACAUAGAAUAUUACUCCUCAGCACAGUGACAUUUUAUAAAACCAAAAAAUUCAAGGUUGAUUUAUCAAAGUGAAAUAAAGUUUGUGUUUUUAUUUA